AUGUGGCUCACUUUGCAGCUGUUGCUGGGUGCUGUAUUGUGGAGAUGUGGCGGCGCUGCAGAGUCUCAGACACAGUACUGCAUCAUUGGUGGCGGCCCAGCCGGCAUACAGCUGGGCCAUUUCUUUCUGCACGCUGGACGUGACUACGUGAUUUUCGAGAAGCAGGCGACGGCUGGCAGCUUCUUCGAGCAAUAUCCCAGGCACCGUAAGCUGAUCUCCUUGAACAAGAGGAAAGUCAGGGAGGGGCGCAGCGAGGAUUUUGCCUUCCGUCAUGACUGGAACACCUUAAUUGAUGUCAGAGAGGCAGGGAGACGCACGCCCCCUGUUACAGAGAGGUCGAAGGAGCUAUUCCCUCAUGCAUCUGUUUUGGUUGAGUACCUGAGCGAGUUUGCGGAGGAGCAGAAUGAGCACAUUCGAUACAACAGCAGCGUUCAGAAGAUUCAGCGUCAGGGAUCCAUCUUCGAGCUGACGGUUGCUUCACCUGACUCCCCCAGCCAUCGCUUUCUUUGCGUCGAGGUCAUCAUCGCGACAGGCUUGGCCAAGCCCCGCCUCGCAAACCUGCGCGUGGACGGGGCGGAGCACGUCCUGGGAUACGAGGAUCUGCCGAGCUCCGGGGAGUCAUUCGAGGGCCAGGCCGUUCUCAUCCUGGGUCAGGGAAACGCGGCUUUAGAGACGGCCCAAGAGCUGCAGCAAUACACCUCGGAGGUCCACCUGGUGUCCCGGGCCCGGCCCCUGCCUGAGGGUGGUUCCGGUGUGCGACUGGCAUACCAAACGCAUUACGUAGGAGACAUCCGAGCUGGAAGGACGACAAUCCUAGACACGUACCUCUUAAAGAGCCUGGAUACAUUUGACUUUGAUGGCAUCGAGGCAUUCAUGAGGUUCACUGUGGUGCCAUGUGGCGGCAGACUGUGCGUUUGGUAUAUAAGCAAGGAGGAGUGUAACAGUGUGCGCUGCCGUCAGCAACAUGACAUUGGUGGCCAGAACCUUUCGUACAUGGUCGAAGUCGCAACUGUCCAUGUGAAUUCCACUCUUCACAUGCGAUUGAGGAGUAUCGUUGAGAAGUAUCCCGAGUUUGCCAGCAGGCUGCGGUGGGAAACUGAGGACGUUGACAUGUUCGACGAAGAGAAUGAACAGCUCACCAUGGAUCAGCUAGACAGGCUUGGCAUUGACCCAUCGGUUUUCAACAUGAAAACUACGAAGCUGGAAGUUUCUACAAGCGCCUUGAGGGCAAACCCACAGCUUGCAGAAGAACUGUCUGAGAUGAGGCAGCUGGGUGGACAUGACAAUCUACGGUAUCCUAUGGACCAUGUCAUCCGCUGCUUUGGAUGGGUGUUUGAUACACAGAUCUUUGAUUCCUCCUUGCCGAUCGAUCUUGUGCACAAUCGCAAGUACCCCCAAAUCACUCCAGCUUGGGAACUGAAGGGUGUUCCCGGCAUGUAUGCCGCAGGCACAUUAACCCACAGCUUGGAUUUCCGCAAGUCUGCCGGGGGAUUUAUACACGGCUUCCGCUACACGUCGCGCGCUCUCUUUCGGCUCCUCGAAGAGAGGAACUUCAAUGUGUCCUGGCCGCAGACCUCCUGGCAACUGCCGGUCACGUGCAGUGCGCUGAACGAACUUAGCGAUGCAGCCAGUGACUGUGACCCCGAGAUCCCCGAAGCAAGUGACAGCUUCGAUGUUGCACUGGAGCCGCUGCUGGAGAUGUUGCUGGAGAGGAUCAAUGGAGCCUCAGGACCCUACCAGAUGUUUGAGUUUCUCGGAGACAUGGUUCUUUUCGAGAGCCGCUCUACGCAUUUGCAGCUCCGCUAUUUGGAGGAGGUCCCCCUAAAGCACUUCCACGCCCGAUACAAGAACGUCUCGCGCCUGACCUGGGUAUUUCGGUACAGCGACUCUUUCCAUGGCCGGAAAGUGCUUGGCGAGGGGAGGGUCGGAGCGACCCGCGCACAAGAUGCUCACCGCUCGAACUUCCUCCAUCCGAUGUUGGCAUUUUAUCCAGCUGGGGCAGUGAACGCCACCAUGAGACACUGGCUAGUCGAGGAUGUUUUCACACAGUGGCGCGGACUUGACGACCGGGUGCCUCUGGCCAAGUUUCUACAUCGCGUUACGGCGAGUAUGAUCUCUUAA